UCUUUUUGCGAACGGUCGUGUUUGUGCAAUUCUUAAAUUAUUCCGACUGCAUUUAUUUAAAAACUAUACUUUUUUAAUAUUUUCCACAUUUUAUAAGUGAACGUAGGUAGAUUACUGUGAAAUUUUACAAAAUUUAGUGACUGUUUUUAGUGUGCCUGGCGCCUUCUAUCUGGACCUAACUGGGUCUCAGUCUGAUCACAUCGUACAGUUUUUGUAGGUGUGUUUUGCAUGUGUGGACCUUAUGGCGUCGCUAUCGCUGCCGCGGGUCCUUCAGCUUAAGAAGAAUAGUCUGGACGCCGAACGCGAACAGUUCGAAAAAUUCCAGACAUUGGCCAUACAGAAGGCUAUCAACUCGAUCGAGACCCCGGUGAAGGAGAAACAUGUCCGCAGCACCAUCAUCGGCACCUUCCAGGAACAGAGCGCCAUCACUUACUGGAUGGUGGCCAUCCGCCUGCCGUUGCAAGACAACCGCAUCGUGGCAUGGAAGUUCUGUCACGUGACGCACAAGCUUUUGCGGGAGGGUCACCCCGCGUGUCUCGACGACUCGCAGCGGCACAUCAAUAUGAUCGAGAACCUCGGCAAGCUGUGGGUCCAUCUCCGCGAGGGUUACGGGCGGCUAGUGCACCUGUACUGCGCUCUGCUGGUGUGCAAGCUGAAGUUCCACGCGCGCAACCCGCGCUUCCCCGGCAACCUUCAGCUCACGGCUGAAGAGCUGGAUGCCAUUGCCGAGAACGACGUCAACAACUACUUCCAGAUUUGCGUAGAACUGUUCGACUACAUGGAUGACAUCCUUACCCUACAAGCGGCAGUAUUCGACAGCCUGGGCAACGCUCGGGCCAACUCCAUGACAGCGAGCGGCCAGUGCCGUCUGGCGGCGCUUAUUCCUUGCGCGCAGGAUUCCUCACAGAUAUACGACUGCAACGUGCGACUGCUGUUCAGGCUACACGCUGCAUUACCGGCUGACACCCUCUCCGGGCAUAGGGAGAGCGCGCAGGAUUCCUCGCAGAUAUACGACUGCAACGUGCGGCUGCUGUUCAGGCUACACGCUGCGUUACCGGCUGACACCCUCUCCGGGCAUAGGGAGAGAUAUACGACUGCAACGUGCGGCUGCUGUUCAGGCUACACGCUGCGUUACCGGCUGACACCCUCUCCGGGCAUAGGGAGAGGUGAGUCAUCUUAUUAUAUGGAAGCUGAUUCCCUGCGCGCAGGAUUCCUCUCAGACAUACGACUGCAACGUGCGGCUGCUGUUCAGGCUGCACGCUGCGGAGAGGUGAGUCAUUUUAAUAUGUGGAAGCUGAUUCCCUGCGCGCAGGGUUCCUCGCAGAUAUACGACUGCAACGUGCGCCUGCUGUUCAGGCUACACGCUGCAUUACCGGCUGACACCCUCUCCGGGCAUAGGGAGAGGUUCCGACAGCAGUUCAAGAAGUUAAGCUCGUUCUACAAACAUGCAAGCAGUUUGCAGUAUUACAGAAAUCUGCUUACAUUGCCCGUACUGCCUUCAAAUCCGCCAAACUUUCUGCUGCAGAGUGACUUCGGCACGUACGUGACGCCUGUAGUGUCAAUCCCAGAGCAACCGCCCGAUGAAGUGGACGCCGUGGGCUCGCUCAUCGACACCUCCGAUACCAUCAGUCAGGCAACAACACCGGACCACCUUGACGCGUUCGAAGCGCGAACUACGCCGUCGCCGCAGCCCGACCCAGUAGUGGAGCGCGAUCGGCUCAUAGAACACCUUCAGAACGAGCUCAAGAGGAUGAGGACCGAGAUGGUAGAAGAACGUAACACAAUAGUGACUACUGCCAGAGAACAGUAUACGCGUCUUGGGAUGGAACUCAGAGAAGCUAAGACUGCAUUAGAAGAAGAACGACAACGAUCCAGAGUGUUAUUAGAACAAACCCCCGAAAUAAAGCAAAAACUAUCAGAAACAGAAGAAAAGGCUAGAGUAACAGACGAGAAGUUCCAAAAAUUAAAAGGGGCGUACACACAGUUGCGAGAAGAACAUAUCACACUUAUUAGACAAAAAGCCGAGGUGGACAAGCUAUCGGCGGGCUUGAGGGCGGCGGCGGCGCAGCACGAAAGCGCCAAAGUCGCGCUGCAGCAGCAACUAAAUGACAGGAUGAAGGACGUAGAGUUGCUACAACAAAGUGCAUCAACAAGCGAAGAAGUCGAAGCAUACAAAAGCGAACUAACGAACCUCCGGUCCGAACUGGAACAGUCCAGACAAAAGGAGGUCGAGCUAGAAACGCUACGAGCAUCCAUAGAGGCGCUAGAAAUAGAAAACAAAACCGCGAAGGCCGAACAAGAGGUCAAACUCACGGCUCUCACCAACGAACUGAAGGAAACGACGGAGGCAUUAGAAAAAAUAAAACAAGAAAAAGAAGAAAGAGAAAACGAACUUAGUAAAACAAAAGAAGAAUUAGUGGGGCUUAGAGAAAAGAGCACGGAUCAGUAUAAGGUGGUGGUGGAAGAGAAAGAGGCGGCGGAGAAACGAGUCGCUGAAUUAAUACAGCAACAUCAACAAGAGAAAGAGGAACAGAUAGUGUACAUAAAUAAGAUGCAAGUAGAGCUAGAAAAUUUACAACAAAAAUUAAUAGAUUCGGAAAUAGACUUCUCACAUCAAUGCCAACAGUUAAAAGACGAGAUAGAUGCUAAAAAUAAAGAAAUGGAGGACAUAGUUAAUACAAAAGAUAUUGAAGUAGAACAAGCACUGGGAAAAAUUACAGUCUUACAAAAUGAUUUAGAAACCAGAAAGAACAAUUAUGAUUUGAAAGUAGAAGAACAGUCUGCAGAAAUUGCAAGGCUCACAAACGAACUAACUAUUUAUAAACAAGAUAGUGAUUCCAUGACAAAGGCAUUAGCGGCUGAAAAAGAAAACAUUGAAAUAAAAUUAAAUGAAGCAUCAAAGAAAAUUGAACAUUUAGAAAAAGAAAUCACAGAAAAAGCUGAUGUUUUGUCAAAAUUAGAAAUAUCAUUAACCGAAACGCAAACGAAAAAUGAAUUCAGCUUACAAGAAUUGGAAAAUAUAAAAAACAAUGAGAUAUCGAAAUUAAAAGAUGAGCUGGCUUUCACUUUAGAGAAGAAAGUUGAAUUCGAAUCCAAAGUAAAUACAAUGGGCGAAGAAAUGAAUGAUCUCCAAUCCAAAUUAAAUAAUUACAUUCAAACCAUUGAAGUUCAAAAGACUGAAUUCGAUGCAAAAUAUAAAGAAAAAGAAAUUGAAGUGACUGUACUGAAUGACAAAUUACAAAAUAUAGUAGAGUGCAAGGAUGAAAUCAUAGAAAAUUUAAAGAGUAUGAUUGGCGAAAAAGAUAAACAAGUGAUUGAUCUUAAUGUAGAAGUUACAAAGCUUUCUGAAACAGUUCAGCGGCUUGAAGAAGAACUAAAAGAGACGCAAGCAGAAUUAGAAAUUGGUAGAAACGAAUUUAUAACUUUGAAAGAGGAACACGAUGAUAUUGUUCUCAGAAAUGAAAGCAACUUAGCUCUAAAAAACAAAGAAUUCAGAGAUCUCACUAACGAAAACUCUAAAAUUAGUACCGAGUUACAAGAAUUAAUAACAGAAAAGGCAAAUCUCAUGCAACAAAUCAAUGAAGAAAAACAGGAUUUUGAAUUAACCAAAAAAGGUAUGGAAGAGGAAGUCAGAACUUUACAAGACAAAUGUGAAGCCGUUAUCAAUGAAAAGGAAACUCUAGUCAAUUCUCUAAAUUCUGAUAUAGAGAAUAUCAAACUGGAAUAUGAACAAUUUAAAAUUGAAAAAGAAAAUGAGAUAAAAACAUUAAACGAGAAAGUUUUAGAACUAGACGCAGUUAUGACUCAGCAAAUUCGUGAAAAAGAUGACAGUAUAGAUAAAUCGGAGUCAGAGAAUAAGAUACUGAAGGAAGAGUUAGAGGAGUUAAGAAGUCAAAAGUUAAAGGAAAAGGAAGAAAUGGAUUUAAUUAUAUCAGAGAAAGAAAAGGAAAAGCAGAUGUUGGAAGCUAAAAUAGAGCGUGUGGAGGGCCAACGAUUGAAUGCCGAGUGUGAAUUACAGGAUUUGUUACAACAUAACAACAUAUUGGAAGUGGACGUUGCAUCGCUCAAAAAGCAGCUCGAGGAAGCCAAGAAGGAGUUGGAAAAACAGAGCACAAGGAUAGUGUUGUGUGCCGGAGACGCGGCUUUGGAAGUGACCUCUGAAGCGCUGACAGCGCUGGACGCGUGCAACGCGCAGGAGUCCAACCGGGCGGCUGCCGAGCUAGCGGCUAAAGCGCUGGAGGAUCUUGCCAGAUACAACGAGGUAAAAGGCAACGAGGAGUCAUUGGCGAGAUCAGCUAUGCUGGCCGCGCACAACGCAGCACAGCUCUCGGUGUAUGCUACCGAAGUGUCCAACUUAUCCACGGAUAUAUCGUUAGCUGACAAACUCACGUCAGACUGCAGGACGAUGUUGACGGCCACAAAGCAAUGGAUCGAGUCGUUGAAGAGUGGUAGUCCAAGCAGCGCGUCUUAUGAAGAAGCCCGCGAGUUGGUUCUUAGCGUGGCUGCAGCGGCGGCGGCAGCCGGUCGACCCGCAGGCGCUCUUAGUGUGGACGAUGAGCUAGCUGGCAUGGACCAGGCUAUCGAGGAAGCUGCUUCGCAGAUUGAGGAAAUGCUGGCAGCCAGUCGCGCUGGCGAUUCGGGCGUGAAGCUAGAAGUGAACGGCAAGAUUCUCGACGCGUGCACUACUCUAAUGGCCGCCGUCAAGCUGCUGGUACAAGACGCUCGGGCCUUGCAGACCGAGCUCGGGGACCCCAAGACGCGUCUCAAGAUGUACAGAAACAACCCGCAGUGGUCCGAGGGGCUGAUAUCCGCGGCUAAGGCGGUGGUGUUCGCGGCUAAAUUGUUGGUGUCAUCAGCGGACGAGGCGGUAGGCGCGGCAGGACGAUUGGAAGGCGUGAGCGCGGCCGCACACGAGGUGGCCGGCAGCACGGCGCAGCUCGUGGCCGCGUCCCGCGCGCGCGCGCCGCCCGCCUCCGCGCCGCUGGCCCGCCUCACGCGCGCCUCGCGCUCCGUCGCCGCCGCCACCGGCGCCGUCGUCGCGGCCGUGCGCGCCGGCUCCGCGCUGCGCCACGACACAGUGGCCGCCUCCGCGCCGCUGGCCCGCCUCACGCGCGCCUCGCGCUCCGUCGCCGCCGCCACCGGCGCCGUCGUCGCGGCCGUGCGCGCCGGCUCCGCGCUGCGCCACGACACAGGUCAGUACUGGCACGAGGCGCCGGCAGCACGGCGCAGCUCGUGGCCGCCUCCGCGCCGCUGGCCCGCCUCACGCGCGCCUCGCGCUCCGUCGCCGCCGCCACCGGCGCCGUCGUCGCGGCCGUGCGCGCCGGCUCCGCGCUGCGCCACGACACAGGUCAGUACUGGCACGAGGCGCCGGCAGCACGGCGCAGCUCGUGGCCGCCUCCGCGCCGCUGGCCCGCCUCACGCGCGCCUCGCGCUCCGUCGCCGCCGCCACCGGCGCCGUCGUCGCGGCCGUGCGCGCCGGCUCCGCGCUGCGCCACGACACAGGUCAGUACUGGCACGAGGCGCCGGCAGCACGGCGCAGCUCGUGGCCGCCUCCGCGCCGCUGGCCCGCCUCACGCGCGCCUCGCGCUCCGUCGCCGCCGCCACCGGCGCCGUCGUCGCGGCCGUGCGCGCCGGCUCCGCGCUGCGCCACGACACAGAGGCUCUGGACACAUCAGCGCUGACGCUGACAGCCACGCGGCGACUGGAGAUGGAGAGCAAAGUUCGCGCUUUGGAACUGGAAAGCGCUUUAGACGCGGAGCGCGCGCGACUGGCCGCGCUGCGCAAGCGGCACUACCACCUCGCGCAGGCCGACGAGAAUGGAGGUAUCACCAACGGAAAGGAAUGAGCGAUUCGCAACGUUUUAUCGGAUGAUCCCCUUAUCAGCUAAACAAAGUCGUGGGACGGAUAAUGAAACAUCACUUAUCAACGGCUAUCUAAAGGUAGACGCCCCCUAAUUGUGCAUUUGAUUCAAACGAAACAUUCUAAAUUGCAUUUUUAUACAUACAACGAACUUCAUAGUAUAUUUGAACGCAUGAAUCUUCGUAAACGGUCUGCUAGAAAGGAAAGCUGAGCCAUAAAAAUCUGAAAUAAGACAAUUUAAUGCUUGUGGAUUUACAAUUUAAUGCGCAUUUUGGUGUGAUCUAGCUGCUCAAUCAAUAACAAGCACCUAUUUUAUUGGAAAUAAAGCCCCUUUUUCUUUAUGUUUGAGAGUAAGUGAUUUUAUAACAUUAAGAUGGUGAGAUGGAUAGGCUGAUGGUUCAUGUAAUAAUAAUUAUGGUUUAUAUGAACCUUGUGGCUCAUGCAAUUUAUUAUGUAUUUUAACGUGUAAUGAGAGAACACCAACAUAACUAAUUAAUUAGAAUGUGAUUAGAUAAUGCCGUGUUAGUUAUAGUUUUAUAAAUUACGCCUAAGUAUAGACAACAGUACAUAAAAUAUCAUUCUGAUUUAAAGAAAUGGAAUGUCCAGGAGACAGUGUACUCCCAUUCUUGUAGUCUAUCAAUGUCAGCGUCGUAAAAUGUGGCAUGGUGCGGAACAAACGUACUAUCGGCAACAGUGUUAACUACCCAUUGCCGGUCAUGUCGUCUCGUUCUACCGCAAAGAAUCACCAUUUGAUGAGAGCGAGAGCAAAAACGGAAAUGGAUAGUUAACACUGUGGCCGUGUGUACAGCGACAGCACGUCAAAUUGUAAAUUUUUGUUGCGGUAUAGGAUCUAUCACAACUAAUUAAGAUGCCGGUUUGAACACUGCAUUGUUUCGCAUCAUGGCUAGGGACAUUGUCCCCUAGUAAUCGAGGUUUUAUAAAGUUAGGCAUACAUGCCGGUAAACUGUAUUUUAUAUCCCCACGAAAAUUUAGCACUAAGAGUAAAUCACGAGACUAAGCUUUAAGCGAUAAGACUAAGUUUGCAAAUCGUGAAUUGUGUUUAUAUUGUAUAGAAAUAUUUUAUAUCUAAUUUAACUUACUUAUUUACACCGUUUUUAUUACAUGUAGAGUUUUAUAGCCUUAAUUUAGAAAUGUGUGUUAGGUAAGCAAUUAAUGCAGUUAUCAAAAUCAUGUUAUAAGCUAUGACAAACUGAUUGUUCAAUACAAUACAUAAUGACAAAAUCGCAAUUAUUAUUUUUAUUGUAUUCGGUGUACCUACAAUUAUUAUUAUGACAUUUACUAAUAAACUUAAUGCAUACCUA